AUGUCAUUUCAUUCUUCUGGUUCCGAAAGGGUUUUGCCUCCCAUUGUAACCCUUGGUACGAAUAAUCUUACUCCAGUUUUACCUCCCGUAUCAAGCCUUGCUCCUCCAGUAUCAUCCCCAUUAUGUUCUCCUCCUCCCGACUUUUCGUCCCCUUCAUUUGUUACACGUACACCAACAAUAACAACAAAGCAAGUCGGUUUGAAAAUAUAUCCUUCAUCUGAAUGCAUACGUACUUCUUUUGAAAGUGGCCACUUUCAGUCUCAUUCAAAUAUGUUACAACAAUAUGAACAACAAUCAUAUUCUUCACCAAGACAAAUUAGAAGCGCGACUCAAGUUGUAAUGGCUACUCCUACGCACCCUCAUAGUAUAGUCUCUAGACCAAUGCAUCAUCCAUAUCAACAUCCUGUAUAUCAUCAGAAUGACCGGGUUGAUCCUGCAACUGAGUUACUUGCUGAAAAAAGACGUAGAAAUGCUGGUGCAUCUGCUCGUUUUCGUGAUCGACGAAAACAAAGAGAACGAGAAAUGCAAGAAAAAUGUCAAUUUUUGGAAAGAAGAGUUCAAGAAUUGGAAAGUAUGGAUCAUGCUAAACUCGUUCUCGAAUUAGAAAAAAAAUUGGAAGAAGCUAUCAUCGAUAAAAAGGCUUCUCAAGAAAAAUUAGGUGAAAUGGAGAAAGAGAUUCAUCAACUUCGUAUCAAAUUACGCGAACAAGAACCCGAAUCUUUAACUCCUCCUUCGUCUGCGGGUGAAUCCGAUUCAAAAGAUGAUUUUUUUAGUUUUUAUUCAAGGGUAUCGAGGGCUUCUUCAACUUCAUCAACAUCUUCGGAUGAGUCGCGUAAACCAACUGACGUUAAAUCACUUUUAUCAUAA